AUGGCGAAUUCCCCUUCUGUGGAAGAGAUGGGGGUGAAGCGCUGGGAGACGCGUUGGUGGCACCUCCACUGUCUAACAUUUGCUUCAUCACAGGUCUUGGACACGAAAGACCUACAGGUAUUUAAAGUGACUGUAAAUGGACAGGAGGCAAAAUUUGCUUUUGGAGAAAAGCACAGCUUCAAGGGGACCCCCCUGGAAAUCUCCUUUCCUUUUGAACUAAGAAGGGGACAAGAAGCAAUUGUUGAAAUCUCUUUUGAAAGCUCUCCAAAGUCUUCAGCUCUCCAGUGGUUUUCUCCAGAGCAGACUUCUGGGAAGAAACACCCAUAUCUCUUCAGCCAGUGUCAGGCAACCCACUGCAGAGCCAUCUUUCCAUGCCAAGACACACCCGCUGUGAAACUCACAUACUAUGCAGAGAUAUCUGUUCCUAAAGAGCUGGUGGCUCUUAUGAGUGCUAAUCGGGACGGAGAGAUGCCUGACCCAGAGGACAGCAGUCGGAAGAUUUACUGUUUCAGUCAGAAUGUUCCCAUACCUUGUUACUUGGUUGCUUUAGUGGUUGGAGCUUUAGAAAGUAGAAAGAUUGGCCCAAGGACUCUGGUGUGGGCUGAAAAGGAGCUGGUGGAUAAAUCAGCCUAUGAAUUUGCUGAGACUGAAGCUAUGCUGAAAACAGCAGAGGAUUUAGCAGGACCCUAUGUAUGGGGACAGUAUGAUUUGUUAGUCUUACCACCUUCUUUUCCUUAUGGUGGGAUGGAGAAUCCUUGUCUUACUUUUGUAACUCCAACACUAUUGGCAGGUGAUCGAUCUCUGUCAAGCGUUAUUGCUCAUGAAAUCUCUCACAGCUGGACAGGAAACUUGGUAACAAACAAAACAUGGGAGCAUUUUUGGCUGAAUGAGGGACAUACUGUGUACCUGGAACGCAGAAUUGGUGGUCGAUUGUUUGGGGAGCAGUUCAGGCACUUUCAUGCCCUAGGAGGUUGGAGGGAACUGCAAAAUACAAUAAAUACUCUUGGAGAUAAAAAUCCUAUAACUAACCUCGUCCCUGACCUGAGUGAAGUAGAUCUUGAUGAGGCCUAUUCAUUGGUUCCUUAUGAGAAAGGCUUUGCUUUGCUUUUUUACCUUGAACAACUUCUUGGAGGACCAGAUGUCUUCAUUGGCUUCUUGAAGGCUUACAUUCAGCAGUUUGCUUAUAAGAGCGUAGGAACUGAGGACUGGAAGAAGUUCUUGUACUCCUACUUCAAGGAUAAGGUAGAUGUUCUGGAUAAAGUUGAUUGGAACUCAUGGUUUCAUGCUCCAGGAAUGCCACCAGUGAAGCCUACGUAUGAUAUGACCCUAUCAAAUGCUUGUGUUGCCUUGAGCCAAAGAUGGAUUAAAGCAAAAGAGUGUGAUUUGGGUUCGUUCAGCUCAGCAGACCUGAAGGAAAUGUCAUCUCAUCAGCUGAUUGAGUUCCUGGCACUGUUGCUUCUGGAGGCUCCUCUUCCAGUGUCACAUGUCAAACGAAUGCAGGAAGUAUAUGACUUCAAUGCUAUAUACAACUCUGAAAUAAGAGUCAGAUGGCUGCGUCUCUGCAUCAAGUCCAAGUGGGAAGAAGCUAUUCCUCUUGCUCUCAAAAUGGCAACAGAUCAGGGCAGGAUGAAGUUUACUCGACCCUUGUUCAGAGACCUUUACAGUUUUGACAAGAGUCGAGAUCUGGCUGUCAAGACAUUUCUCGAGCAUAGAGCCUCUAUGCAUCCAGUCACUUCAAUGCUUGUGGGCAAAGACUUGAAAGUGGAUCAGUGACAAAUUUACUGGUUUCAUUGAAGUACUCUUGUUGCUGACAGAAGAUUCUACAAAACGCUGAUAGG